AUGGCUUCUGACUCACCGAUCUUUGAUCUUUACACUUAUUUUCGCUCAUCAUGCUCGGCGAGAUUGCGCAUUGCAUUGAAUUUGCGGGGUAUACGCUAUAACCCGAUCUUUGUCCAUCUGCUCAAGAACGAGCAGUUAACUGAACAACAUCGAGCCCUCAAUCCAUCCUUGAGUGUACCGGUAUUGGUCGUGCAUCAAGCGUCACAAGAGGAUCUGGUCAUUCCCCAGUCACUUGCCGCGUUGCAAUAUCUAGAGGAAACAAUCCCUCCCACAAGUCCGAGCUAUCGACCUUUGCUCCCCAAAGACCCAGGGCUGCGGGCCAUCACCCAGAGUCUAGUCUCAAUUAUCGCAUCAGAUAUCCAGCCCGUUGUCAAUUUACGGACCCAGAAAUGGGUCAAGGAGCUCGGAGUUGACCCGACCCCUCUAUGUCGCAAGACAACAGAUGCCGGGUUUACUGCCUACGAAGCGUUGUCUUCGAAAGUAGCCGGUAAUUUCAGUGUUGGGGAUGAGAUCACUUUGGCAGAUGUCUGUCUUGUUCCCGCUGCAUGGAGUGCUGCACGAUUCGGCGUUGAUAUUCAGGUUUAUCCCACUAUCGCACGGGUUGUUGCAAGGAUGGAAGAGGAGGAUGCAGUCAAAACAGCCCACUGGAGGAACCAGCCGGAUACACCGGAGGAGUUUAGGCAGGCAUAA